AUGCAAAUUGAAGGUUUGCCCAAGGCCUUCUAUGUAUAUGCUUGGCAUCUCCAAAUUCUCGAUCGAGUGCUCCAUCGCAUGGAGAAACAUUCACGUAAUCUGUAUGGUCCGCAAGACAUUCAGAAGAAGCACGUAGCCAUCCACCAACUUUCCGAGGUCUUACAAGGCCGGUACCUCCAAAUCCUGGCCCAGUGUGUCCUAGCACGGUCACAGGAGGUAUAUGAGUGUCUCAUAGACACCAAGGAUGACGCAGAGUUAUCACAGGAGCUGUACAAUUCUCUCAACGGGACCAGGGAUGCUGCGGAGAUUUUGAUAAACCUGUUGCGCGAUUGUCUCGAGAAGGAUAAAGAUAAUGAAGAGACGUCACAGAAGCUGAACAAAUGCCUCAAAAAAGCUGAGAGUGCUAAAGAGACAUUAUGGUACCCAAACAGAUACUUAAAAGAUAUCGAUAAUAGGGUUAUAUUACCCAAGCUAUACGAAUGUUUGGAAUUAAAUGCGGAAAUCGAGGCGCUGUUAUUGGGGCUGCAACGCCAAUAUAACCUCCCUGGAUACGGAUGGUAUGACCCCUCUGAAUACCAACGAGAUAACCUCUCUCGACACCCACGACUUAACCUCCUUGGCAUCCAACGAGAGAACAUCCCAGAAUACCAACGCGAUGACCCCAGGGGAUACAGGCUUCGCCAGGAAAGAUCAGGGAAUCUAGAUUUGGGGAAGCGGGAUAUAUGCCUCAAAAAAGCCACGGAUGUUAGAGAGGUUCUACGGAAGCUAUGCCUAUACCUCCAGUACAACAACGAGGGCGGGGAAAUAUCUCAGAUGCUAGACAAAUGUCAUGAAAGAGCCAAAGGUGCUUUUGAGAUGCUAUCUAGGCUGCGUCUCGAAAAUGACAGGCUCGGCAAAGCAUCACGAAAGCUAUGCCUUGAAAGGAUUAGGCUUACUAGAAAUACACUAUUGAAGCUAUACGAGUUUUUAAAAAAGGAUUAUCAUCGCGGGGAGGUAGAAGAUGUGCUAUGCAUAUGCCUCUAUAAAGCCCACAAUGGUAGAAAGUCAUUACAAGAGCUACACAGAUGCUUUGGAAAAGAGAAGGAGAGUGAAAAGAUAUUACAGGAGCUAUCUGGAUGCCCCGAGGAAAAUGAUGAUGGUGAGGAUGGUGAAGAGAUAUCACAAUCGCUGAGCAAGUGCCUCGAGAAAACCAAGGCUGCCGGAGGUAUGUUAUUAGAGGUGCUCCGCGAUUGCUUCAAAGACAAGCAGGAUGAGAGAUACAUGUUACCGGAGCUGCUGCACGAUGACGACGGGAAAUACAGGCGUGGUUGGAAGACAUCACAAAAGCCGGCCUCACAGAAGCUGAACCAGAAGCUGAACCAGAAGCUAAACAGAUGCCUCGAUAAAGUCGAGGACGCCGGAGAGAUGCUGCGAGAGCUAUGCGAGUACCUCAAAGAAAACGGCGGGGAAUUAGAAGAUGAUGCUAAUUAUCUUGUCGGAAAAAUAUUCAUGGCCUCCAUUACAUGUUCGCCUGAUGAAGAUGUUAAAAUGUUGCGGGAUACCUUUAUCCAAAUGAAUUUAAUAAAGCCGUCUCGAGAAGAGGGCCCAGGCAAGCUCUCGGCCCAAAUGACGACAGAGUCUGAUUGUGCUGUGGAAAUUUCUUGCGCAAUUGCAAGCCUCCUUUCAAACUCGAAUCCUAUCGACGCGAAUGACAAGAUGCCAAGGCCCUUUCGUGACAGAUUACAUCAUGGUAAUCCACAAGUAUGCUCUGUAUAUCGACUGGGCUACACUGAUCGUAUGCAUAAGAAAUCAAUAAAAAUGAAAGCAGCAGCUGUGCAAUUAGUGGAUAAGGCGAUAUGCACAUCCCUGCUUGACCAAGGCACUGCGAGCGCAACUUUGCCUAGAGCGUUGGCAGGCCAGUCCUCGGACGAAGAGAAAAAGGCCAUGAUGGACGAGGCAGCGCGGAGUGGACGAGCCGGCGUCAAGUCGAGCGAGCACGGCAUGCACAUGGAUGAGGAGGUGGCCGAUCUCAUUUUGGAAAAAGACGCCGUCUUCGUCGCUACGCAGCACAUUGAUCGGCUCCUGGCGCAAGACGGGGAUCAGCUGCCCCCUCGAAAAGAUAUUCGUGCGAAGCUUGCAGUCAACACAGCAGGUACAAAGGCCAUAAAUGGUCCUUAUUUGAAUCUUGACAUGUCAAAGAAACAAAUUUGUCUGUUUGAGCUAUAUCCUAGCACCAACGCAUCAGAAAUCAAAGGCUCAUUUCAUUGCGUCAAGUCUUCGGCACAUGAAUAUAUUGCACUCUCGUACACCUGGGGGAACGAGGCGCCUUGCCGAGAAAUCCAAGUUGACGGUGAGAAAGUGAGUAUUCGAGAGAACCUCUGGUGGUUUCUCGGCUUACAAAGUAUCUCAAUUUCUGAAGCAAAGUUCUUUUGGAUUGAUGCCAUCUGCAUAAAUCAGUCCAAUAUCAAAGAACGUAACCACCAAGUUGGUUUGAUAUCACAGAUUUACACCAAUGCUUCAGCCGUUUACAUUUGGUUAGGGCGUGAAUCAAAUGAUAGCGACUUAGCCAUGGAGUACAUCACACGGCAGGCAUCCAAAGAACUCAAAACUGAGGGCAUGAGAUAUCGACCACUCUGGUCUCAGCAAGAAGGAAGAGCUCUUGUAGAACUGUGCGAGCGGCCGUACUGGAGACGGAUGUGGAUUAUCCAGGAAGUGAUAAGUGCUAGAAAUAUCAUAGCAUUUUGUGGGACGAAAAGAUUUGAUUGGGGAUGUCUCACGAAGCUUUACCAAAAGCUCAAAGUCCUUGAGUCCACCAACUGGCUUGCGCAUCAUCCCUUUGCAUUAGCAGUAUUUCAGAGCUCAGCAAGCGUCAUCAUCUGGCAACGAGCUUGGCAGUGCACUGAUCUUCGAGACAAGGUAUAUGCCUUAGUUGGCAUGGCUAGCCCUGAAACUGCCGUUGUUCCAGAUUACUCUAGAACGACAUAUCAAAUUUGCCAAGAUAUCUGGGCGCAAGAUGCACAUAAAGAUGCACAAUAUUACGAAAUGCUCAUUCGAGUUCUUGAGCUCUCUAGAGAUCCUAUUUAA